AUGGGCAGACAUUAUUGGGAUGUGAGUUUUUUUUUGUUUCCAGUAGAAAAUUAAUGGCUGAAUUCCCUUUCAAAUUCAAAUAUGAAUCAUUCAGAUUCAAUCCGCUGCACUGGCAAUUAUCCACGCUGUAAUCUGUUGGGCUUGUUAUACCCACUACGAACAUGCUCUCGAAGAAAUCACCGCAUAUCAAUUGGCUAGAUUGAAGCAAGAUUUCACUGAAGAAACGAUUUAUAGCGAUUGGAAGUUGUAUACGAAUGUUUCGUGGAAUGCAAUGUGUAUUUCUUUUGCUCUGUGUAUGUUGUUGUUGUGUUAUGCAUUAUUGGAAAGUAAAGUUCUGGCGACUCUUAUUUUUUUGCUUUCGGUGAGUUUUUUUUUAACGUAUGCAUUCUUAUUAGAUAUUUCGGCCCCUAGUUGGGGUUAUUCGAAAAAUCAACUAGAAAAUCCUGAAUUCAAAAUCAUUAAUUUCUACGCAGACAAUCCAACAUUACUACAUAAAUCAAAUCAUCAACAUCUUGAUGUUCCGACACGAUGACACGAUUGCAACAAAUCUCGAAAAACCAAUUCAUCUGUUUGCUGCCCUAAGUUACAUUAAAUCCACUGAAAUCACAGUAAUGGGAUUGAUUUUUGCUCAAUUUGUCAGUGUUUUCACAUUUGGAGCAUUUACUUUUUUUUCUGCCAUGAAAUUGAAAAAAAUCAAAGAAGAAGAAGAAGAAUUGAAGAAUUUUGAUGAAAAAUCGGAAAAAUAUGACGAAAAUUCAAAUUUAGUGUACUCGAAUGAUUCUGAUUCUGAUUAG